AUGCCAACACGUAAAAAAACUACUUCGCCGUGCAGUGAACUUAUCGCUCUAGCCACUUGUCAGCACCCGUCGCACAGCCAGUUCCACGAUCCCUCAAAUAGUCUCAUGAAUCGAAGUACGUCAUCCGUUCACGCUGAACGAAAGACCCAUGCACCAAAUCGAGACGCCCUACUAUCCCGCUUCGUUCGAGAGCGCCAGACACCCACUGCUCAGUGCUCCGUCCAUCCUCCACGAUUCGCGACCAAUCGUCAUGUGGAUCAUGCUGCGGCGUUUGCAGCCGAAGCGGUGACAGAUCGUAUUUGCAUCGCAUCUAAUGGAAAGGAACAGUUUCCAAUUUCGGCAGACGACGAUCUAUCUUGCUGUGGACUGAUCUGCGGUGAUGGGUACGAGGAGUUUACCCCUAUCCGGCGUGGGAAUUCGGUGAAGCACAGCGCUGGGCUGCAAGCUAUCCUUUCCCACCUAUGUGGGCAUCGCGCAAAAGCGACCACUGCACGAGCCACCGCGUACAUUGUGUCGAAGAAGGUGACAGAUAUCCAGAAAGAAAUCAUGACCAAUGGUCCGGUUGAGGUCUCCUACAAUCACACAGCUGGCGCACUGCGUGGAGGACAUGCUGUAAAAAUGAUCGGCUGGGGAACGGAGAACGGUACCCCAUACUGGAUCUGCUCCAACUCAUGGAAUUCCGAUUGGGGAGAGAACGGUUUGCUUCUUCUUUUAUUGAGACUUUCCAAAAUGAUUUCUACGGUUGAGGUUCUACCAAACUCUCACUCAGGUUUCUUCCGGAUCAUUCGCGGCCUCGACGAAUGCGGCAUUGAAUCAGGCGUCGUUCGCCGGAGAGCCUAA